AUGCAAUCUACAAUCAAUAAAGACUCAAAGACAUAUAAUAUUACUAAUGAAAAGGAUGGAAAUAUAACAACUUUUGUUGACCUGUCCAAAGCCGGUGCAAAUGUUGGCAGUCAGGGUGUUCUUCAAUUAGUUUAUUUUCACUCAGUUUAUCCUCAAAACAAUGAUACUUCUACGACCAAUGUAACAUUGUACGAAUGUGCUGAUAUUAAGAUCACUGCAGAGAGUACUUCCCCAAGCUCUGUCAUUACUGCAAGCAAAAAUGCUGGUUCCAUUAAUGCUCCUCACGUAAUGUUUACUCUUUUUAUUA